AUGGAAGAGGAGGACCCGGCCGGUCGGCGGAGACCGGAGAAGGAGGGUUCGGAGAGAUGGGAGGAGGCAGCCGAGGAGGGACAGCAGUCUCGGGUGUGGGCCAACCGGGUAGAAGGGGACCAGCGAGACCUGUUGAUGGGGCUGAGCGGCCAAGAAAGCCGGGAGGCGGCGGAGCCCCCUGGGGUUCCGGAGGCGACGGACACGGAGGAGGCGAAGGAGCCGAGGCCCACGGGCUCGGGCGGCGGGAGCAGAGAAGGGCGGGCGGGGUGGGAACCCUCCGAGGCGAGGGGCGGGGAGAGGGCGGCCCCCGGGGGAGGGGCGGCGGCGGGGCUGGAGGGAGGGAGCGGCGGAGAGGGGCGGGGAGAAAGGGACCGGGUGGAAGCCGAGGGGCAGUCCCGGGAGGCCGUGAGUAUCAGCAGCCCAGAGGAGGAGUUGUGGAGCCUGGGCGUCCCGGGGCCCAGGAAGCUCCGGGAACGGUACUGGGAGGGCACCCAGGAGCGCUACCGGGAGAGGGAGGUGAAGCGCAAGGCCAAGGGCGCGAGGCCGUUCCAGAGUAAGUACAAGCUGGAGAAGAAGCCCAACUGGCUGAAGAACCCGACACUGGUGGGGACCGAGCCGAGGGAGGUCCUCAAAGUGAAGACUGACGAAAACUUGGGCAACUGGGUGUCGGGGCAGCAAAGCCAGCGGGCCACGGUUCGAUUCAACGUCUACCCCAGACCUCACCUCCAGUCGCAGUGGCCCAUCUGCCGCCACUCGGUCAGUGUCAUUAACGAGCUGGCCAAGAUGGGCGAUCCAGAUGUCCUGGAGAUGGUGCAGGAGGAAGAGAGACUAUCCAAUAUAGAAGCAGAAUAUGUUUUCGGAAUGAAUGAGAACCAGCAGUCCCUGAGCAGCAGAGAGACCAGCUUUCUCAUCAGUGAAGAACCAGUGUCUGCAAAGCGAUUCAAUUUGUUCCUGAGGCGACGUCUUAUGUUUAAAAAAGAUGAACAAAGCAAAGAUUCUAUCUUCUUCCGAGAUGGGAUUAGGCAAAUUGAUUUUGUGCUCUCUUAUGUUGAUGACAUUAAGAAGGAAGCGGAACUAAAGGCGGAAAGGAGAAAAGAAUUUGAACAAAAUCUUAGAAAAACAGGUCUUGAGUUGGAAAUUGAAGACAAAAGGAACUCCGAAGAUGGAAGGACUUAUUUUGUCAAGAUCCAUGCCCCUUGGGAGGUACUGGUUACUUACGCUGAAGUGUUGGGAAUCAAAAUGCCUAUUAAAGAGAGUGAUAUUCCUCCAGCUGAGAAUAUCCCCUUUAGUUAUAUGCUCGGGCCUCUGAAGCUCCCAAAGAACGUGAGGCACCCUCGUCCUGAAUAUUUCACUGCUCAAUUCACCAGACAUCGGCAGGAACUCUUCCUCAUUGAAGACAAGUCAAGCUUCUUUCCAUCCUCAAUGAGAAACAGAAUUGUUUAUUACAUUCUCUCACGAUGUCCUUUUGGCGUAGAAGAUGGGAAGAAAAAGUUUGGGAUUGAAAGACUGCUAACUUCUAAUACUUACUCAUCUGCCUAUCCACUCCAUGAUGGUCAAUAUUGGAAGCCUUCAGAACCUCCCAAUCCUAUCAACGAGAGGUACAUACUUUUCCAGAAUUGGGCUCGGUUUUCCUAUUUUUACAAGGAGCAACCUUUAGAUUUGGUUAGGAAUUAUUUUGGAGAAAAAAUUGCCAUGUAUUUUGUCUUUCUUGGAUUUUACACUGAGAUGCUGUCCUUUGCAGCUAUAGUUGGCUUAGCGUGUUUCAUUUACGGCUUAUUAUCCAUGCAUAGUAACUCAAACAGCUCUGAGAUCUGUGACCCUACAAUUGGAGGUCAGAUUAUCAUGUGCCCACUCUGUGAUCAAGUGUGUGAUUAUUGGAGACUAAAUACCACAUGUUUGGCUUCCAAGAUCUCCCAUUUGUUUGAUAACGAGUCGACAGUGUUCUUUGCAAUAUUCAUGGGAAUUUGGGUCACAUUGUUCUUGGAGUUUUGGAAACAGCGACAGGCCAGAAUGGAAUAUGAGUGGGACCUGGUGGACUUUGAAGAGGAACAGCAGCAGCUUCAGCUGAGACCGGAGUUUGAAGCUAUGUGUAAACAGAGGAAGAUGAAUGCAGUGACUAAGGAGAUGGAACCAUACAUGCCUCUGUGGAGUCGUCUCCCAUGGUACUUUUUAUCAGGAGCUACGGUGACAUUUUGGAUGGCCCUUGUCAUCGCCUGUAUGGUAGCUGUGAUUGUGUACCGCCUGUCAGUGUUUGCUACAUUUGCUAGCUUUAUGGAAAGUGAAGCAUCCUUUAAGCAUGUCAAAAGUUUCCUCACUCCCCAGAUAGCCACGUCACUCAGUGGAUCCUGCUUGAACUUUAUCGUCAUCUUGAUCUUGAAUUUCAUUUAUGAAAAGAUAUCUGUAUGGAUUACAAAAAUGGAAAUUCCUCGAACUUAUCAGGAAUAUGAGAGCAGUCUUACCUUGAAAAUGUUCCUGUUUCAGUUUGUGAAUUUUUACUCGUCCUGCUUCUACGUAGCUUUCUUUAAAGGGAAGUUCGUGGGCUAUCCCGGAAAAUACACAUAUUUGUUUCAUGCGUGGAGAAGUGAAGAGUGUGACCCUGGAGGCUGUCUAAUAGAAUUGACAGCCCAAUUGACCAUCAUAAUGACUGGAAAACAGAUCUUUGGAAAUGUCAAAGAAGCCAUUUAUCCUAUGGUUCUGAAUUGGUGGAGACGUCGAAAAGCUCGGACCAACUCUGAAAAGCUGUACAGUCGAUGGGAGCAGGAUCAUGACCUUGAAACUUUCGGAUCUCUUGGGCUCUUUUAUGAGUACUUAGAAACAGUUACCCAGUUUGGAUUUGUUACAUUAUUUGUGGCCUCUUUUCCUCUGGCUCCUCUUCUUGCUCUCUUGAAUAAUAUUAUAGAGAUCCGAGUGGAUGCCUGGAAACUUACAACUCAGUAUAGGAGACCCGUGGCUGCUAAAGCUCACAGCAUAGGUGUUUGGCAAGACAUUCUUUAUGGAAUGGCUGUCCUUUCUGUGGCAACUAAUGCUUUUAUUGUGGCAUUUACAUCGGACAUCAUUCCCCGUUUAGUUUACUACUAUGCCUACUCAACGGAUGACACUGAACCCAUGAGAGGAUAUGUUAAUGACAGUCUGUCAACAUUCCUUAUAGCUGAUUUUCCAAACCACACUGCACCUUCGGAAAAACGAGACUUCGUCACUUGCAGGUACAGAGAUUACAGGUAUCCUCCUGAUCAUGAUCAGAAAUAUUUUCAUAAUAUGCAGUACUGGCACGUCCUCGCUGCCAAGAUGACCUUCAUCAUUGUUAUGGAACAUGUUGUGUUUUUAGUUAAAUUUUUGUUGGCCUGGAUGAUCCCUGAUGUUCCAAAAGUUGUUCUGGACAGAAUCAAGCGAGAAAAGUUAAUGACUGUCAAGAUUCUUCAUGACUUUGAGCUUCACAAAUUAAAAGAGAACUUGAAAAUUAGUUCUAAUGAACUUGCCAAACAAGUCUUGAUUGAGGAAAACAAAGCACAACUGGCUAACUCAGCAGUCUAA